AUGAAGCAGACCUCUUUCUUGUGCCUGUCUGGCCUGGCAGGAUCGCUGGCUUUCGUACCUUCCACGAACGUUGUCCCGAGCAGCGCAUGGACGAGCCGGUCAGGCGGCUCGACCAACGCGGCCGCGGAUGCCGGAUCAAGGCGAGGGAUCCCGAUGUGCAUGGCGGCGACACAACCGAAGCCCGGCCCGGAGGUGAUGGGCCUUAACCUGGGAAAGCCUGCCCCAGUAGAGACCCCGGAAGACUACGUUUAUGAGCAGUUCAUCCCGGACACGCCCAUGACGAGGAAGUUCGGACACCUCCGCGGCGCUAAGGUCAAGACCGUUUCGGAGACCGUCGCUGACUUUUACAUCUACUACAAGAAGGUCGUCCUCACGCAGUUCCGUACGAUCGUGACCGAGUACCUCCAGAGCACUCACUUGACCGUGUACGAUGCGCGGUUCAAGUACGACCCGUUGUUCGGCGUCGGUUUCUACACGAGCUUCAUGAGGUUCAUGCGCGCCUACCCCGUACCGGGGCAGGCAGAGCUGAUCUUCGACGCUGUCGUGAAGGCGAUCGGGAACGGGCUCGACCCCGAUCAGAUGAGGAAGGACACGACCGCCCUCAAGGAGUGGGCCGAGGGGAAGACUGAGGAAGACGUGGUGGAGAUGAUCAAGUCGGACGACAGGAGGUGGGCGGGUUGAUUGCUCGAGCGUCUCUUUCCAGAAAGUUGUCGCCGGCAGACUGGAACCGGCGACGCGGUAACUAUAUGGAACCCUUUUACCCAAGCGAGCUAAAUAGGUGUGCUGUUGUGUUGUUUGCGUCUGGGGUGGAUUGACAACAUUCUCACGAAACGAUGGACACGAAAGACGCGCCAUGAGACCAGCUUCUCGAAGGAGGUAUCAUUGCUGUUUGUUGGUCCUUCCCUCUAUGGCACACGUGUUCCCGAAACACGCGUGACCUCCGAUCAACACCUAAAUUUUCCCAUGCCUAUCUGCCGGUAUCGUACAAAAAUGCAUCCAAUAUUCAGUACAGUAUUCGCGUUUUUCUUCUCAUUCUCUCUCUGAUUAUGCAGCUUCUGUGACA